AUGUGCAACCCAUUAAAGGAUGAUGACGACGAUGAUCAAAUAUGUGUUACACAUGAUGGUGCAUUCCAUACGGAUGAACCGGAAAACUUUAUACCGGAUGUUGACCAGCAAAUUUACAACGUUGACUUUGGGACCAUGCCAGACUUGCAUGAUGACAAGCCGACCAUGAAAGGAUUUGUCAAGAAUUACCUUCGAUAUCGAGAAAAGAGUCGAGCUGCCGAAGUCAUGCAGGGCUUAAACGAGACCACCCUACCUGUACUCUACACGUUGGUGCAAGAGUACGCCAUAUCUGAUCGGUGGUUUUCAUCUGUUCCAGGCUCGACAUUUCCCAAUCGCAACUUUUUGCAUGCUGGCACGUCAGGUGGUGUGGUGACCAACGACAUUCCCAAGCUUGGAUAUCCAUUCAAAACGACAUUUGAAGCAUUGGAUGAAAUUGAUGUCAGCUACGCCAUUUACUCAGCCUCACCUUUACCGGCAACCAUGUUAUUCAGAUACUUUCGCAUGCCAUCACACUCGCCUGGAUACAGAAUGGAGCGCUUUUUUGAUGAUUGUGAAGCAGGCAAUUUGGCGUCCUAUGUAUUUCUAGAGCCGGCCAUGUAUGGAUUGGAUCAACGUACCUACAAUGAUCAACAUCCACACGCAGGUGCAUUUUAUGAUUUACGACGUGGUGAAGAGCUGUACAAAAAAGUGUAUGAAGCAUUACGUGCAAGUCCUCAAUGGAACGAUACAUUGUUUCUAUUACUUUGGGAUGAACACGGCGGCUUUUAUGAUCAUGUGGCUCCGCCAACAGGUGUGGAUAAUCCAGAUGGCAUCACUGAUCCCACUUUUGAUUUUACAAGACUUGGUAUUCGAGUGCCAGCAUUGUUAAUAUCACCGCGUAUUGCAAAAGGGCUGGUACUCCCUCAAUCCCAUAUUCUGGAACACGCCUCAGUGCCGAGCACGCUGCAUGCAUUAUUCGGCAUGCCACAUUUAACUAAACGAGAUGCCAAGGCCAACACCUUCCAUCAAUUUGCUAAUCUUGAAGAGCCACGUACUGAUUGUAUUAUCGAGCUUCCUAAACCUGCUUGGGAUUUGGAUUAA